ACUCUCAUUGUCUCAGCUCGUCUUACCCCACCUCUUAUUGACCCGUCCCAUAUCACCCUCCUAUGCGUACAUACAGUACAAUUGUCACGGCUGCAAUCACCACAAUACCAUCCCAUCGCCCUCAUCAUACCUAUCGUGGUCACUAUUCUCUUCUCACGAGUCCUCCAGGGUUUCUAUCUCCUAUUGGUUCCUGUUGGCUACAAACUUUUAAGUCCUAGUGUACCCUACCUGCUACAGCAUUCAUUUAUUGGGCUCCUGGAGGGUGGAUUGGGCUUCACGCCCUUCUUUGUUUCUCAGUCUUUGUUUGUUCGGUACAACUGGGAAGAUGGCUCUUACCUGAAUGUUGCUGCCCGGUGCCAAUGAACGGUGAACAGGAGAGACUCUCAUACCCAGUGUUUCCCGGUUGGAUAUCUGGGUCUGUGCACCAUGGCUUUGGAACUGGGUGAAUGCGGCAUGGCUACGGCUGCGGGUCUCCCCCAUCUCGGUGAGGCUCUUGCGUGGAUAUUGUUUCUCACGCCGCUGUUGUCUGAAUAAUACCUUGGCUUUCCUUUCCGGUUUGUUUUCUAUUUGCUUUCACGAUCUCCUCCGAGCCUUUUAUGUGAUAUCUGCCUGUGUCACCCUCACUUCCUUCUGGGUUCACCGUUCUUCCGCCUUCCACCUCAUCACUGCCCAGUUCUCUGGCUCAUUUGUGGCCCGCUGUCAUUCCGAGGGUUGGAGAUUCCGGGUUUCUCAUCUUACGGGAUCAAUUAUACAGCCCUGCCGACCUGAUUCCGAGUAUCCCUUACGCUCUUCAAGUUGAGGAUUGAAAAUCGUCGGGCAAGGGUUGCACCCUUUGUCAAACAGUGCUCUGAAGGUUUCCGCUAUUCUUUUCUCAGAGAAACACCACAAUCGACGGAUCAUUGAUUCGAGCAUCCUACUGAACCAGGGCUCCUUCUCGCUACCCAGAAAUACCGGAACCUCCUUGGGCAGGAGUCUGCUAACGAGCCAGUAUCUUUACCCUCUGCGCCGUGAAUAGUUGCCGCAUUUUGUCAGCACCAUCUCAAAAUCACUUUGCUUACCACUGCCAUGGAAUUCUGUCGAACCCUUCCCCCAAUUUUUGAGCACAUGGGAGGUUACGAGCACCCCACUGUUAUUGAAGUUCAGGAUCAUGGUAUUGUUCUCUAGGCCUCGGGGCUGUCAGUGGUUUAUCCUAGUGAUUUUGAAUAUUCAUAUAAAUUCUUUAGAUCAAUACCUCCCAAAGAAACCGGCUAUCGGUUAUUCCAAGCAACUAGUUGAUCUUACAGCCGAUAUGAUGCUUACUAAUAGAGGUGGUUGGCUAUCUAUUCAAAUUGAACCUUUGACAUGUACUUUGAAAUUGACGAUGGGCACUUGAAACUAUAGGCAAUCACACACCCUUAUCUAACGCUGCCUUCGAUUGGAGACUUCCUCGUGCCGAGCCUAAUGGAUCUAUUAGGGAAGCCCCCCGAACUCCUCAAACUCCUAAAACACCAAAGCCUCACGAAAAUUCUAGAUACCCCGGGUCCGGGCACACCGGGGAAUGCAAAAUCUCAGGGAUUACCGGCACCGAUUUCCAUGGUCCCAGCGCUCCACAGAGACCUACUCAGGUGCACGAGUUGGACCUUGAAUUGAUUGAGUAUCAUAAGAUGAGACUCCGCAAGCGGAAGACUGUUGAACUUUUCGAUGGGUCCUUUAUCCGCAUUGUCUCAAUCAAGAAUAAACUUACAGAAGAUGGGAGUAGUGAGAUAUUUCUUCAAGGGCCACAGUUCCUCAGAAGCAGAAAUUUGUUAGGGUUUUUGCCAUUGAAGAAGAACGAAGUUGCCAUGUCUUCGCUAUCGUUAUCCGUCCCCCUUUCGAAGGUCUUAAAAACAAGGAUUUUGAUUCUUACAAACGCCAAUUUUCCAGAGUUCCGGGAUAUCACCGGGGUGGGUGAUGCUGAUGAGAGGGAAGGUAGACUAAUUUGUCGGUGGGCAAUAAACCUCGUCAGCAAGGCAGAAGGCUAUCUAUGGCGUCUCAAGGAAGACGAAGCAGACAAAGAAUUUCGAGUUGCAGAAAGGGGCUUGCGAGAUCAAUGGAGAGGGGGUCUCAUGAGAGCUAAAACCACGAAUUCGAACCAUCUAAACCACGCAAAGAAACGCCAUAAACGCCAACGGGAUGGGACUCUCAAACAGAUACGCCUCAAUAGUGGCGGGGACUAUGGCGAGCCAAAAGGAACAUAUUCUCAUCUCACAGGAAACCCCUUUACCAAAGAUGGAUGUAUGCAAAGAACCACAGGCUCCGCAUUUGCUAAGUGUCAUGCGCAAGUACCUGAGAAGGAAACCCGAUUCCCCAAUACACAACCAGCCCCUUGUGCUCCUCCAUCGCCUCCAACUUCGAGAUGGGAUCCUGAUCCUGAACUCAUGGACAUAUCUCCUCCUCCUCCCCUUAAGUCCUUCGACGAAUUGUUUCCCGACCAAUUGGCUUUUGGAGGCUUCUCGACCAAAUUCGGGCUCCAGUCGCCCCCUAGAACGCCAUUCUCGAAAACUGGGACUGGGCUUCGGGUAAACAUUGACCCUUCGGUGGUAUAUCUGUGGAAUAUUUCUAAUGAGACCCAGGUUAACGGCUCUCAUAUCUAUAACAAAAAUGCCCCUGCCUUCCCAGGCUCCAAUACAAGACUCUCUACGUUAAGUCGCCCCGAGCGGCUUACGAAUAACCCCCCAGCUAGAGCCAAUCCACUCGGUAGCCCGAUGCAACGGGAGGCUCCUCUCAGAGGGGGCGGCCUAAGAAAGGUUACUACUCUUGACGAUGUCGGGUCAGAAGGUUAUAACCCUAUAACUAGCAUUCCUCUUCGCCAGCCCGUCUUCAACUCUCCUUGCGAAACUGCUUACACAUUUGGCGAUGCGUUUUGUGGCGGAGGCGGGAUGUCUAGUGGUGCCCGUGCAGCGGGGUUCAGGAAUGCGUGGAGCUUUGACUCUAAUUAUGAAGCCGUGUCAACCUAUCGCCGGAACUUCCCUCAGUGCACAACUUAUCACUCGACAGUUAAUGAUUUUCUCACGCUUCGUCAUCCGGAGCUUCUGGUUGAUGUCGUGCAUCUUUCCCCUCCAUGCCAACCUCACUCACCUGCUCACACGAUUGCUGGGAAGGAUGACGAUAACAACGAAGCAUCCUUAUUCUGUGUCCGGCAGUGUCUGCAGGCUUGCAGACCGAGAAUGGUUACGCUUGAACAGACCGACGGGCUCUUGAAUAGACCUGAAUGGUUCCGGAGCUUGGUCAUGAUGUUCACAGAUCUCGGCUUCUCCCUCAGUUGGAAGGUUUUACAUGGAGUGGAGUAUGGGGUACCACAAACACGAAAAAGAUUGUUUCUUCUAGCAGCGAGGUGAGUGCCCGAUCUGCGUCUGGAUUAGUGGGCUCUGCUGACCCAUCUAGUCCCGGAGAAGCGUUGCCCGAAUUUCCAAAGCCAACCCACGCCCACCCAAAAGCUGCGAACACAGAGGGUCGUGCCCCUCCACGCACAGUGCGUGAUGCCAUAUCCGGCAUACCGGCAACUGCCACCUGUCAUGUCCAUAACUUUAGCCCAUUCCCCGAUGGACCCCGACUGUCGACAGUAAACCUCGAUUUACCACUCAUGUCUACAAUCCUUGCUAGUGGUGGCCCUUACGACGUUCACCCAAAUGGUCGAAGACCCUUCACCCCGAGAGAGCUCGCGUGUCUCCAAACGUUUCCUAUCUCCCAUGUCUUUUAUGGCAGUCCGUUCCAGAAGAAGAAGCAGAUUGGAAAUGCUGUCCCGCCUGUUCUUGCAGAGGCACUGCUAAGGGAGGUGCGCAAGGCUCUCGAGAGAGCGGAUCGGUCGAGGAAGAAGAAAUCUGGCCAAGAUCCGUCUUGGGUUCCAGGAGGCAGCCGGGGAAGAUUGGCACGUAACCCUAUAUGCAUCGCGGAUUGAGCUGUGAUAAGGGGUGUGUGUGCACUCCAUUAAUCGAUUUUAUGAAAUCUUUUUUUUUCCUCCUUUUUUUUUCCCUUAUCGCGGGGGCAUUUUGGUCGCGUUCGGGCUGGGAGUCGAGUGGGGUGUUUUCGUUCUUCUCAAUAUUUUUACCCAACUUUUGUUAUGUACACCAGCACUCUUGGAGAGGAGUAUUAGCUAUUUUAUAUUAUGUCUGGGCUAUGCACGGGACGGAGUAUGGCAAUCAGGGGGGGAUUUUGAUGUCUUUUUUCCCUCCCCUCCCUCCAUUUACCAUAGACACAAUGCAAUUUUUUACUCUUUUCAACCCAACAUGGAUGGGAUUAAUCAGCCGACAAAGGCUUUAUCCCGCAGAUCGUAUCAUUCCAUAGCAUUUUCGCACAUCAAGCCAAUAUAUGUAUAACAUGGUGAAAAGCCGAGUCCAUUCAGGGAGAGAGGUGGAGAAAGAAGCACAAGGUAUCAACAUCAACCAAUGGACAACCCCAACUCCAGAAGCAUGAAAACGGCAACAGUAACAAUAAAAGAAAGCACUGCGAAAGGAAAAGAAUCAUGCAUCACAUCCCACCCAUGAUUCGCUCCCAUCUCAGUUCGGGCUGCCCGCGGGGCUACGCGACAUGAGUCCUGCGACUCCUAACCCACCUCCUCCUCCCGGCCCCUCCAGUACGCCGGCAAGUCAAGCAGGAAAUGAUAAUGUCAAAAACACUACAGACCCAACCCAUCAGCAUACACUUUUCUGUUCUUUUCCGUCUUUUUUCUUUUCCCUUCUUCGGAAGAGGAGGGGGAUAACCUACUUUGCAACGCCGUUAAUGAUAGCUUUCAAGAUACCAGCGAUACCAUUCACGAUGGCCAUGCAGGUAUUCCCGAUCGCGCGAAAGACAGACCUGAUCUGUUGGCUGUUAGCUAUUGGAGUAGCAUCAUAGGAGGCGGGAGGGGUACGCAGGAAACUAGGCCGCCCAUUUUUUUCUUUUUUCUCUCUCUAGUAAGGUGCGAGUAGUAGAGAAGGUAGGUAGACUAAGUUUUCUGCUUGUAGAGUGGAGGUGGAGAGAGGUAUGAUACUCGAGUAGAGGUAAAAAAAAGUAGCUCAAGUUGGUGGAUAGGGUUAGUAUUUCUGGACCUGGGUGGGUGGUGGCUGUAUAAUACUAUGACAGUAGUCGAUAUUCGACAGAGAAUGGGGGAAAAGUGUUAGGAUAUGAUAAUACUAAGAUUGAGAAAGCUACGGCAAGUCGCGUCCAGGCCGGGAUUUAUAUACGGUAAAGUUACCCUUCUUCCUCUUCUUCUUCUUCCCCUUGCGACAUAUGAUACGAGAUGCGAAUCUUUUACCCGUAUGGUACAAGUAAGGUAUCAUACGUAAGUUACCGUAGGCCUUGUAUCAUACUCUACCUACAGGUACUGUGCUAUGCCGAUAUCGUGUACUAGUGCAGUAUCUUGAUACACGAAACCUGCUGUCUAUCUAUCUGUCUAUACGAGUACAGUACGCCGCCAGUAACUUAUCAAGUUUAUCGGUAUGUACAUGGACUACACGCGUAACCAUAGUCUACUCAAGUAAUCAUACGGUAUUCGUACAGUACAUCAUCAUGACCCAUCAUCAUCACUGGGUAACUUAAGUUAACGCACAGAAGCGUUUUUUCUCGGAAAAAUACUGUAUGAUACCUGACGUCAAUGAUGAUGCGAGUGUGACGUAUGCGGCUCAACUGGAAGAUGGGGAAAACAAUAGAUUCAUCUCAUUAAGGCCAUCUAUGAUACUCAAGUAAUUUACCGGUAUCACGCCGUAUUCGGAUGGUCAGCGUGCAAGCGAAGAAAGAUUCAGGGUUAGGUGUGUGCACUAAGAUGAGUAUCUAUUUUUAUUUUUAUUUAUUUUUAUUUUUCCCCCAACGUCACGCACGGGUGGAUGGAUCGAUGGAUGGAAAGUUGCUCCCCAAGUUUUUAACUUUGACCCGGCAAAAUCCUGGAAUGUUAAGUUACCUACUGUAUCGUGCCAAACUAUUAUAGCCAUCAUUGGUGGCUUGGCGUGAUGCCGGGAAGCCUCGGGGCUGGGUAUGAUACCUGGAAUCUACCAUACGCUUGGGCAUCCCAGAUUGGACGGACGGAUGGAUGGGUGGGUAGAUUGACGGGCAAGUGGGUGAUUCUAUCAAGUACUCGUACGGUACGAGUAUUAGUCCAGUGGGGCAUAGCUCCCUUCCCUUUUCCACCCAGCCGGUGAAGGCUCUACUCGAGUAGGAGCGAGCUAUGAUAGGUGUUAGUACUCGAGUAUGGGAAUAAUAAGUCACCAGAUUAUAUCCGUAAUUAGAUGGUCGGAUCCUGCUUUUUUAUGAGGGUACACUACACGUUAGGAUAGAUAGCAUCUCUUGUUGAGUCCUCAAGGGGGGGCGUACUGUACAGUACAGUACAAGUACAAUACUGUGCUUUGCGCUCUAUUAUGCGCUAGGAGAGAUUCAGCAUACACAUAAACUAGAUUUAAUGGGAAUAAAUAAUACCGGUAAGAGUAUAUACACCAUUGCAGCGGCGGAAUCCGGGCUGCAUUUUUAAAGGU